CGCUUCAGCUGGAGAUUCAUGCGCUCAGACCGCUCGAGUCGAAUUUCGUCGGGGUUGCCUCUCACAUACAGGGAGAACUGCUUACAGAGGACCUCUCUUUCUACUCAAUCGUCAUGCCGAAAGGAAAGCAUCUACUAAGAUAGAAUAUGGGCGAGAAUAGAUGGAUAGGACAUGGAUAGAAACGGAUGGAGACGGAUGGAUGGAAAAUUGGAUGGAUUGGAUCCAGCUUUGGUGGUGUUGAGGUUAGCAUUUCCGGUACCAAGUACCGUAUGACGCUCGGUUUGCCCGUUGGUGCUGUCAUGAACUGCGCCGACAACAGUGGCGCCAAGAACCUGUACGUCAUUGCUGUCCGCAACAUCAAGGGUCGUUUGAACCGACUUCCCGCUGCCGGUGCUGGUGACAUGGUUGUCGCCACCGUCAAGAAGGGCAAGCCUGAAUUGAGAAAGAAGGUCAUGCCUGCCGUUGUCGUCCGUCAGCGCAAGGCCUGGCGCCGCAGAGACGGUGUCUUCCUUUACUUUGAGGAUAAUGCUGGUGUCAUCGUCAACCCCAAGGGUGAAAUGAAGGGCUCUGCUAUCACUGGCCCCGUUGCCAAGGAAUGCGCCGAUUUGUGGCCUCGUAUCGCCUCUGCUGCUGGCACUGUCGUCUAAGCAUUUGUCGAAUGUAUUCUCAAGAAAAUAAUAAAUCGAUUUGUAUAAACGGGAACGCUUCAAUGGCUUUUUUUUGCUUGCUUUAUGAUCGCGCCGAUUUACGUAAGACCUCAUCAGCUCGAACUUAAUCGUUACUGUCUUACAUAGGGGAGUUUGGGGCGAAUUCGUUAUUGUGGAUGGCCAGAUGCAUAUACUGCAACGAAGAAUUUGAGAGAAGGCAUAUAUCAUUUACUACUGCUUCUGCCGAUGGCCUUAUUCAGAUGUGCACGCUGCUGAAUAAUACAAUGUGUCAAACUCGACAUUUAUUCGUGCUACAGUCAGAUCAGUAUCCCCUUCACCCCGUGUUUUUAAUUAGUAGUACGACGAGUUUUUUGAUUCGCUAAGCAUAUAUUAAACACUUAAUUACAACGUAUGUAGACCGCCACAAAUGUACUUUUCUUAUCCAGCGCCUAAUUGACAACAAUUGGUGGUA